CGCAGACUCACACACAGAGGAAGAGCCAGUACUCGCGUCCACGGAGGAUUUCAACUCUCCUUAAAAAGCUCUUAGGAGCUCAUCACCACCAGUAAAGCUGUAUAAGCACCGGGUUGACGGGACCGAAGGAAGUGGCGCGUCGUACGGGGAGCUGCCUGCUGACAUCGCCAUGAGUUACAAACCCAUUGCUCCUGCGCCAUCUGGCUCCAACCACACUCCUCCAGGCUCCUCUGUGCCCUCUCCAUCUCUCCCCUCAUCGUCCAACUUUAGGCCAGCUUUCAGUGACUUUGGCCCACCCUCCAUGGGCUUUGUGCAGCCUGUCAAAGUGUCUCAAGGGUCCACCUACAGUGAGCUUCUGUCUGUCAUUGAAGAGAUGAGCCGUGAGAUCAGGCCUACAUAUGCUGGGAGCAAGAGUGCUAUGGAGAGGCUAAAGAGAGGUAUAAUCCAUGCCCGUGCACUGGUCAGGGAGUGUCUUGCAGAGACGGAAAGAAGCGCCCGCACAUAACCUUUUUGACAGAUCCCUUCACCCCCCAAUCUUUCCCUGUAGAAGCCUGCCCUCUUUAUCGUCUGUUUUACAACCAUUUUUUACCCCCCCACCUUCCCCUGUUUUGCCUGUUCCCUGCUGGCUUUUUAUAGGUGCAUUAUGUCCUUCUUGUCUCUACUGUUCCCUGCAUUCCACCACACCCAUUUUUGUUAAUCACAAACUUUCUGUGAUGUGCGGGGUGUAUGCAACUUGCAGUUUUGUAUCUAUUUUGAAAUGAGUGUGGGGAAUUUCAACACAAUUUAAAGUAGAGUUGUGGGUAAAGACCUUGAAUGGGAAUGUUUAAAGUAUUUGUUCAGUAAUGGCAGUUGACAUAAAAAAAAGUUUUUUUUUUUUUUUUUUUUUUUUUUUAAAUGGUGAAAUCAAUGUUGAAACUGCACUUGUCUAAGUUUCUAUUCUGAGCAUCACUCUACAACCACUUAAUAUUUUCUGAGCAUCUUAAACAUACCCUGUUUCCAUUCACCCUGGCUUUGUUUUCAUCAUUAUUUUGUAGUGUUAAACACACACACAUUAGAUGUUUCUCAAUCCCAAGAACUCUGUACAUCUCAAGUCAAUUUGUUAGUACGGAAAUUUUGUAAACCAGAUUUUUGCAGUUCGGUAUGUAUAUCUUAAUUAAAUAACAGAAAAAA